AUGUGGCCACUCAAUAAAUCCUCAGAUGAGGAUAGAAAGAACACCACGAUAGAUAGUUUUGGAUCCGAUGACAUGAAAGAGGAUCUGGAAAGUGCGCACGUUGAAAAGAUCGACGCCAGUGUCGACAACAUCGCCACCAGCAUUGACAAUCUCCCCGUCAGUUGGUUCGUCUGGCUCGCAGCACUAACAGCCUCAAUGGCUGGUUUGCUAUUCGGAUAUGACACUGGUAUUAUCUCCGGAGUAUUGGUAUACUUGGGAGAUUCCCUUGACGGAAAACCGGCUACGAGCAGUGAGAAGGAGAUGAUUACCGCUCUAUGUUCGGGAGGUGCCUUCGUGGGGGCCAUUUUUGCCGGAAACACCGCAGACAGAUUCGGUCGCAAAAUGGCCAUCUACCUCGGUUGCUUCCUCUUCGUCGCUGGUGCCGUCAUCCAGGCAGCCGCCUAUACUAUCGUCCAGAUGGCGAUCGGUCGACUGGUUAUCGGAUUCGGUGUAGGCUGCGGCGCUAUGGUUUUGCCCCUCUAUGUCGCAGAGAUUGCGCCGGCCAAGGCCCGCGGAAAACUCAUCGGAUUGAACAACAUGUCCAUCACCGGAGGCCAGGUUAUUUCCUAUGCCAUCGGUGCGGCCUUCGCAAGCGUUGAUAAUGGAUGGCGGUACAUGGUUGGGCUCGGAGCUGUUCCUGCUAUCGUCCUUGGUGUGCUCAUGCCUUUCUGUCCCGAAUCACCUCGCCACUUGGCCUAUAAUGGCCGCAGUGCAGAGGCUAGAGUGGUUCUCCGCAAAAUAUAUGCCAAGGCCACCGAAGACCAAAUCGAUGCCGUGCUGCUCUCCAUCUGUACUGCGUGCGACCAGGCGCGCGAAAUCAACGAGAGCGGGUCUCGGUUCUCGAAGAUCAAGAAGUUGCACACUGUUCCGAGCAAUCUUCGUGCGCUGAUCAGUGCCUGCGGUCUGAUGGUCAUCUCUCAGCUGUCUGGUUUCAAUGCUCUGAUGUACUACUCUUCUACGCUGUUCGCCCUGGUCGGAUUUGACAACCCCACUGCUGUCGGACUCGUGGUAGCAGGUACCAACUUUAUUAUGACAUUUGUCAACAUGAUGAUGGUUGAUGGGGUGGGCCGCAGAAAACUACUCCUUUCGACAGUAUGGGGAAUGUCCGUUGGAAUGAUUGCCGUUGCGGUCGCCUUCCGAUGGAUUCCUAUUAACAUGGAGACGAUGGAAGUGGCGACUACUGGUAUCCCUCCAGCAGCAAUUGCAGUUCUAGUCUUUAUUAUCUGGUUUGUGGUAUUCUACGGAGUCUCCGUUGGAAACACUGCCUGGAUGAGCACCGACUUCUUCCCUCUCGAGGUGCGUGCCAUCGGAACAAUGUGGCUAACUUGCUCCAACUGGGGAAGCAACGUUAUCAUUUCUAGCACAUUCCUUUCAAUGAUGAAAGCAUGGACCCCCUCUGGUGCCUUUGGAUUCUUCGCUGCUAUCUGCGGGCUCGGCUAUAUCUGGCUUUACUUCUUCUACCCCGAGGUUUCUGGCCUUGUUCUGGAAGAGGUGAAGGAGGUAUUCGAGCAUGGCUUUGGGGUUAAGUAUGCCAGAGAACUUCGGAAAGAGCGAAAGGACAUUAUCGAGGAGAGAAUGAAGACCCAAGAAAAGCCCAUCGCUGUUGGGCACUAG